CAAUGGGUCCGGUACCAGGGAAUGACACAGACUGAGACGCGCUUGUCUCUUGUACCUUAUAGUGGGAUUCGUGUUGUUGUCUGAACGUGUUUUAUUAUUAAUAUUCCGUCCACAGCAUCUCUGAUUCACAGACUCGAUCAUGACUGUUGUGAGGACUCUUGACGUCAGAGGGGAGAAUCAUCGCUGAGGUCCAAUGGGGGGAAUAUCAAGCGAGGCAGAGCUAUCGUCCUACCAACAGAAUUAGCCAUGUUAACCGACGGGCACCUCGCUUUUCCACAGGACUUAACCCGCCAAAGAUGACGGUUUUACUCAACUACGUGAAACAAAGCGCAUUUUAGUUCUUCUUUUAUGUUGUUCUCCGUCUCUUUCUGGGUCCUCCAUCUCCCCUCUCAUCUCCAUCUCCUCUCGUAUGACAGGCACGGACUGCGCGCGAGCUCGGGGGAGAAAAAGGCAUUGCAGCUUCAUGGCACUGAGCUAUGAUUCACUCUCUUGCAGCAGCAAUGAGCAACCAACUUCAAAACACCUCUUCCCUCUCCACGGCGGGCACGUGGAAUCUCCUGGAUGUGCGGAACUCAUCACCGGUGCGGACGGCAGAGCUGAGGCCUCUUCCCGUUAGCCCGUGGGACAUUGCACUGUGUGUGACAGGCACGCUCAUCUCCUGCGAGAAUGCAAUCGUGAUUGCCAUCCUCUUCUACACGCCCACCUUGAGAGCCCCCAUGUUCAUUCUGAUAGGGAGCCUCGCGUUCGCGGACCUGCUCGCAGGACUUGGCCUCAUUCUCAACUUCGUUUUCAUCUAUAUGCUGAACAAAGAGUACGCGACUCUGAUCUCCGUCGGCUUGCUGAUCGCCGCCUUCUCCGCAUCAGUGCUCAACAUCCUGGCCAUCACAGUGGAUCGCUACUUGUCCCUGUACAACGCUCUGACCUACCACACAGAGCGCACGGUGACAUUCACCUAUGUCGUGGUGGUUCUCAUCUGGCUGGUGUGCAUCAUCCUGGGCCUAAUGCCAGUGCUCGGCUGGAACUGCCUCCGAGACGAGGCCAGCUGCAGUAUCUGCCGGCCGGUCACCAAGAACAAUGCUGUGGUGCUCGCUGUGACGUUCUUGCUGGUGUUUGCCCUCAUGAUGCAGCUUUACCUACAGAUCUGUAAGAUUGCCUUCCGCCACGCACAGCAAAUCGCUGUUCAGCACCAGUUCAUGGCCAUUUCCACCACAAAAGGUGUAUCCACGCUCUCCGUCAUCCUCUGCACCUUUGCCGCAUGUUGGAUGCCCUUUGCUAUGUAUUCGAUCGUGGCAGACUCCAGCUACCCAAUGAUCUACACGUAUGCAACAGUGCUGCCGGCGACAUGCAACUCGGUCAUAAACCCAAUCAUAUACGCUUACAGAAAUCCGGACAUCCAGAAAUCCCUGUGGCUAGCCUGCUGCGGAUGCGUGCCGUCCAACUUCUCCUUGCGGCCAAGGACAUCGAGCGAUGUAUAGGUCGGACUACCUAUGAGUUGUGUCUAUCUCAUAUAAUUGGUUUGUACCGUGUCAGUGUUAAUGAUAUGAUGUUUUCCCUUGAUGGGAUCCCAGUCAAACGUUGCGGGUUGUGCAGUAGCUGUUGAGAUCCAAGAUGUCAACCUGCAAAUGUAUAAUUUGCACAUGUCUUUAAUGCAUAGUACACCUCUAUGCACAAAAUAUAAAAUUGUAGACAUGAUCUGAAU